AACGUUUCCCAUUCGUCGCGAGGCAGCCGAACAAGACGCAGCGAUUCAAGAUGGUGGCGACUUUCACGAAGUGAAUCAUUCGUGUGAAUCUUCCAAAAAAUUUCCCUUUCCGAAAAGGUGACGGUGUGUUUUAACUUUUGUGGAUUAUUCCCGAAAAGCAGAUAUAAUGGCUGCGAUCCCGGGAUCAAUCGCCUUCGACGAGUACGGCAGACCGUUCAUUAUCCUUCGGGAUCAAGAAAAGCAGAAACGGCUCACCGGCAACGAUGCGAUUAAGUCUCACAUUUAUGCGGCGAGGUCCAUCGCCAAUACUCUCAAAACUUCUCUGGGCCCGAAAGGCUUGGACAAGCUGAUGGUCAGCUCGGAUGGUGAUGUUACAGUCACCAAUGAUGGAGCGACAAUCCUCAAGAACAUGGACGUUGAUCAUGAGAUUGCAAAACUCAUGGUACAACUUUCGCAGUCCCAGGAUGAUGAGAUUGGUGACGGUACCACUGGAGUCGUAGUUCUUGCUGGGGCUCUCAUGGAACAAGCCGAGCGCUUAUUGGACAAGGGCAUUCAUCCUAUCAGAAUUGCUGAUGGUUUUGAACUUGCUGCUCAGUGUGCCACUAAACAUCUCGACAGCAUAGCCGAAUCUUUUCCCAUCGACCCAAAAGACUUGGAUCCUUUGAUCAAAACUGCCAUGACUACGCUUGGCUCGAAAAUCAUCAACAAAUGUCAUAAGCAAAUGGCUGAGAUUGCCGUCAACGCUGUAAUGGCGGUUGCUGAUCUCGAGAAGCGGGAUGUCAAUUUCGAACUCAUCAAGAUCGAAGGAAAAGUUGGAGGUCGUCUCGAAGAUACGAUUCUCGUACGCGGUGUCGUUGUCGACAAGGACUUCAGUCACCCGCAAAUGCCCAAGAAAUUGGAAAACGUCAAACUGGCGAUAUUGACGUGUCCGUUCGAGCCGCCAAAGCCAAAAACGAAGCACAAGUUGGACGUCACUUCGGUGGAGGAUUACAAGAAGCUGCGUGAAUACGAACGUGAAAAAUUCACCGAAAUGGUCGACCAAGUGAAGGGCGCAGGCGCUACUCUGGCCAUUUGUCAGUGGGGUUUCGAUGACGAGGCGAAUCAUCUUCUGCUGCAAAAAGAAUUGCCGGCUGUCAGAUGGGUCGGUGGACCGGAAAUCGAGCUCAUUGCCAUUGCGACCGGAGGUCGUAUUGUUCCGCGCUUCGAGGAAUUGACUCCCGACAAGCUCGGUUAUGCCGGUAUCGUGAGAGAACUUUCCUUCGGUACGACAAAGGAUCGGAUGCUCGUUAUCGAGGAGUGCAAAAACUCUCGAGCCGUUACAAUCUUCAUCCGAGGUGGAAACAAAAUGAUUGUCGAAGAGGCAAAACGUUCGCUCCACGACGCUAUCUGUGCAGUGCGUAAUCUCGUGACCGACGAGAGGAUCGUUUACGGUGGUGGAGCAGCGGAGAUAUCGUGUGCCUUAGCAUGUGCAGCCCACGCGGAUACGAUAAGUUCAUUGGAACAAUACGCUUUCCACGCGUUUGCGGAUGCUUUGGAGGCGAUACCGAUGGCAUUGGCUGAGAACGCCGGUCUUUCCCCAGUGAAGACACUUUCGGAGGUAAAAGCCUUACAAUUAUCAGAGAAGAAUCCAACGUUGGGUAUCGAUUGCAUGUAUCGUGGCACUUGGGACAUGAAAGCGCAGCACGUUAUCGAAUCGUUGAAGAGCAAGACUCAGCAGAUACUGUUGGCGACGCAAUUGGUCAAAAUGAUUUUAAAAAUCGACGACAUUCGAUCACCAGCCGAUCCCGGUGAUUAUGCCUAAGAAAGAAAAAGGACAACAAAGUACUUUUUCAACGUAUACUUUAAAUACGAAUCGUUUAUCAAUUAACACGAUAUUUCCAACAAGAAGAAACAAAAUUAUCGAUUUUAAAAAUACUUUUCACGCUAAUUCUCCCUGUUGCGCUUCGUUGGCGAGAGUCAUUACACACAAUUAUUUUUAUUACACAAAAAAAGGUUAAAUAGUGUUUGUACUGCGGAGUUGAAUAAUCGUUAUUUUCGACAUUAAUUUUUUCUCCUGACUAAUUCGUGAGCUCAUUUUUGUUACGAAAAAGAGCAAGCAUUUGUAUUAUCUUCACGCAUCGUAAAAACGUCGCUCAUGAUGUUUCGUUUAAGCCAUUAAAAAACAAACUUCGAUUGUAAAAA